AGUGAAAAUUUCAUCACCGUUGUAGACAGUUCAAUUCCGAAAGAACGCGGACAAGUUUGAGAUCUGAAAUAUUUUAAAACACAAUUUGGUUCAAGUUUUGGUUUACAAAAACAAAAUUUCAAAAUAAAAGUAUUGUAGGGUUUAGUAAAAAUUCAAAAAUUAUUUCAAAACCGUUAAGUAAUCAAUAAAUUUAUGUACGCUAAGUCAAAGCGAACCGCAACAACAAGUACAAGCGAUUAACGCAUUAAGCCGUUGCAAGAAGAGCCGAAAAACCUACUCACCUACUUUCGAUCGCACACAGCGCCCACAGGAUACAUACAUACCUACAUACACGCAUAUACGAGCGCAACGUCGCAAUCGGCCAGAAAAGCAUUUGGGCGUGACUCGCAGGUACUGCAACGUCUCAACACUCAAUACGAAAGACAAGUAAGCGCGCAGCAGCUACAACUGGCAGCGAGUAUUGUUGAGUGUGGAAUUUGUAUUUAAUAAAAUACUUUUGUGUGCUCAAUUUGCAAACUUCCUGUGUAUCCGAAGCGUUUAACAACGGUAUAAGCGCUCGCGCCUAUUAAAGCACUUGGCUCUGGUAAGGGUAGAUUUGAACAUCUGCGGACCGCGAGACAGUUGAGCGCACGUGUGCAAAGCGUCUCGAACUGAACAGCGCAGCACUGUUCGGUUAACUCGCAGUUUUCUGUCAAUAUUAGCGCUAUAGCAACUGCUGGGUGUGGGCGAUACUGCGCCCCGCCACCGUAGCAGUGAUGCAAGCAAAUUUCGAUUCCAACGUCACAGAAAAGGAGCCUAAAACCAGCACCCUGAAUUUCUCAUCGUUCAAAUCAAGCUUUACUUCCAAUGUUAAUUUCCUGAAGAGAAGAUUUAGCUCGGGAGACCUCUCUUCCGAGCACGAUGAUGUCGAUCCCAGUCAACUGCCGCCUGCUGCGCGGCCCAUUCAGGAUCAGCCCACGAAGCCGCCAAUUAGCAGUGGCGGCCCACCGGUCAUGCCACCGCCGCCAGCACCGGGCAUUCCGCCUGCCGGUGGCGUUGCUGGUGCCCCCGGCGGUCCGGAGUUGUCGCUGAGCUUCGGUGGUGGCAAGACUGCAGCACCAGCACUGCCGCGCGGUGUUAGCGCCCCAACCAGCCCAGCGAAGUCGCGCGAGAGUUUGCUGCAACGCGUGCAGAGUUUGACAGGUGCAGCGCGUGAUCAAGGCGCUUCCAUUUUAGGUGCUGCGGUGCAGAGUGCCACACGAGCGCCAACCUUUAACAAGGACAAGUACUUCACGUUGCUCGUACUCGACGACCAAAACACUGACUGGUCGAAAUACUUCCGCGGCAAGCGGCUGCAUGGCGAUUUCGAUAUACGCGUAGAGCAAGCUGAGUUCCGGGACAUUUCGCUUACUGCCAGCGCCGAAACUGGACCCAUUAUUUCCAUGGCUGUCUACCGUGGUGGCACCAGGGUGGCACGCUCAUUUCGACCAGACUUUGUGCUGAUACGUCAACCACCACGCGACGGUUCCAACGAUUAUCGCUCGACUAUUAUAGGGCUCAAGUACGGCGGCGUGCCCAGCAUUAAUUCGUUGCACUCGAUUUAUCAAUUUCAGGACAAACCGUGGGUGUUUGCUCACUUGCUGCAAUUGCAACGUCGCUUGGGACGCGACGCUUUUCCACUGAUCGAGCAGACCUUCUUCCCUAUUGCCAGGGAUUUGUUCAGUUGGACCAAGUUCCCGUGUGUUUUGAAGGCAGGUCAUUGCCACGGUGGUGUGGCCACCGCACGUCUGGAGAAUCAGAGCGCUCUCCAAGAUGCAGCCGGCCUUGUCACCGGCUCGGGCAACGAUGCGCAUUGUUAUUGCACCAUUGAGCCGUACAUUGAUUCUAAGUUCGAUGUGCACAUUCAGAAGAUCGGAAAUAAUUACAAGGCCUUCAUGCGCAAAUCGAUCUCAGGCCAUUGGAAAACUAAUCAAGGUUCAGCGAUGCUCGAGCAAAUCACACUAACCGAGAAGUACAAGUCCUGGGUGGAUGAGAUUUCCGAGCUCUUUGGCGGCAUGGAGGUAUGCGGCAUUUCCGUGGUGGUCGGCAAAGACGGCCGCGAGCACAUAAUCAGUGCUUGCGAUUGCACAUUCGCUCUAAUUGGCGAUAGUCAGGAAGAAGAUCGGCGCCAGAUCGCCGAUUUAGUUUCCGCACGAAUGCAAAAUGUCUGCCGCCCAAGCAUGACACAAACUGGUGGACCACCACAUGGUAUACGUCAACCAUCACGAUCAUCCAUUUCCUCACGUGGUGAGAGUCCUACCGAGGAUAUGGCACCGACACCACCGGCACCCGCUGGUCCACGCCCGGCCCCAAUGGGCGGUCCACCACCAAUACCCGAGCGCACUUCACCAGCAGUCGGCUCAAUAGGACGCCUCAGCAGUCGCAGCAGCAUUUCCGAGGUACCUGAAGAGCCAACUGCACCGGCUCCGAACAGUGUACCCGGCAGUGCGGGUGGUGUGGUCCGUCGUGAUUCACAAACAUCGCAGGCAUCGAGCGUGUCGUCGGCCUCGAGGGUCUCGACACGUCCUCCCCAAACUCAAAGUUCUGUUGUUGAAGAUGCGGAGGAUACAAUGAAGAAUUUGCGUAAGACCUUUGCGGGGAUAUUUGGUGACAUGUAGGAAUUAGCGAACAAGAAACGCGGAAGAACAGCAAGUGAGACAAGUAGCGGCGGCGGUGGACCUGGCAGUGCAGGCGGAAGUGGCAUAAGCGGCAUUAGUACUGGCUCGUUUCUAGGCAAACAAUUUUCGUUUGCAAGUGGCGGUGGCAAAUCGGUGAGCGGAAGCACUUCAAGCGUUGCCUCAGACGUGAUCUCAGCACAGCCGUCACCCAAACUGACCGCAGAGAAGCCUUACGAUGCACGCUCGGACACCUCAACGAACUCCACAUUGACAGCGGGCAGUAUGAGCGUUAGCGCCAGCUCAGCCGCUAGCUACAGCAGCAAGCCAUCUUCCAGUGUUUUAGAUACAUUCCAAGAGGAGAACAAAUACAAGCCAGUCACCAAUUUUGAGCCACAAGAACGUGUAAACCCCUUCGACAAGGGCGCACUAAAAACUUCCGCAACCAAUCAAACUAUCGGUAGCGCCGUAUCCACCACUUCAUCUUCAUCGAUAUCAUCCUCCUCGAUUUCAUCGCGUAUCAAUCGUAAUGGUAAUAUGGGCAUUAAGUCACCACCACCGCCGACUGGACCACCACCGCCACCACCGACAGGCGCAGUCGCUAACAACAGCUAUCGCAACUCAAUCUCGACCACGCCACCAAGUGCCGGUAAGGACAACCGUACUUUCAAUUACGGCAGCUCAACUUCCAUUGAGACCAUUACACGCAUGGAUACCAAUACAACAAAUACCACUACAGCUGGUCCAAGUAGUGAUGCCGCCAUUGCUGCUAAUGCUAUUACCGAUGAUAACAAUGUAACAGGCGUUGCUGCUGGCGCUACUUCCUCCACGAGCGGUGGCCCUGAUUGGAAAUCUAAGAUGGGCAUACGUUCGGCAAGCGUGUACAGCGCGCCAGCCGCCGUCAGCACCACAUUGCCAGCAGCUGGCGAUACCUCCGGCUAUGCAUCCAACUCGAGUCCUGCUUCAAACGCCUACAAUACCACAGCCGAUCUGCCAUCGUACACACGACCAUCUUAUUCGCGCUCCGAGAGCAAUGCUUCCAACAAACAAUCCGACUUGGACAUAAUCUUCGGCGACACCAACAAUGCUAAGCCAAGCUAUGGCAACGGCAAGUACACACGCGCUAGCUCCGAUGCCGAACUCAUAUUCGGCGGACCACCGACCAAUUACAAGGCCGAUCGCUUUGGCGCCUCCAAGAGCAUGAGCGUCACAUCCGAGCGUAGCAACGACGGCAAUGACAGCUACAAUUCGUACCGCAAUUACGAAGGUAUACAAAAUGCGGCAUUUAGCGAUUUUAGUGAUUCGCCGAAGACGGGUAGUGUUAGCAGCAUUAAUUCGUUUGGCACCACGAACCGUUGGAAUAAGCCAACUGUUGAAGAGGAUGAUGAAUUGGAUUUGAAGUAGGACAGGGUAAUAAAACUUAGCAAAAUAAAAGUUCGUUAAAUGGCGAGGGUAUAUAACAUAUAUAAAUGUUUAUAUAUAUAUAAAAAUUAUAUAUAUAUAGGUAUAUACUAAUGCCAAGUAUUAGAAAAUACAAAUUUGAACUUGGCAAAGUAAAAAGGAAUGAGGAAAUGGACGAAAAAUAUAUAUCAAAAGUAAACAAUACAUACACAUGCGCAUCUUUCGCCUCUGAAGUUUCCUGGUUUCAUAGUGGAAAGAAUACUUCAUAGAAGCAAGCGUAGAUGAAAAGUUAAAUUUUAUUUUAUUUGUUUUUUUUUAACUUAUAUAUUAAAAUUUUUUCAUGAUUUUAUAUUUUUGGUUACUUAUAUGACUAAUUUUAAGAAUUGCUGAAAUUCAAGGUUGGUAUUUAAAAUAGGAAUCUACUACAUAUGUUUAAUGUCUAUUUAUUUAAAAUAAUACAAAGUAAGGCUAAAUACAUUGUGGAACUAAGAAAAGGUGAACUAGGAACAAUUAAGCGAAUAUGAAAGUAAUUUAUAUAAUUUUACAAAAUAAUAUGUUUUUGUAUUUAGAAUAAGUAGUCUUUUUUUCUCAUGCACUUAUGCCUCUACAGAAUUCAAAAGUUAAUCGAUAGUGGAAAUGGAGUGAUAUAUAAGUGUAGAAUAUAAUUGCAUAGUUUACAGAGUUCUCUUUAAUUAACAAUUGAAAAAUCUCAAUCGGAUGCUUUUACAAAAUUUCAAAACUUCACGUCUUCGUUUUGUGCUAUCAUUAACUUUUAGGCCAAAUGAAGUAGUAAAUUCUUAAUGUAUAAAAUGGCACUGUGAGCUCAAUAAAUGAGACUCAAAACGUUCGCUUAGAAACUUUCGUGAAUAAUUUCACAAUUUCCAACAACUGUUUUUUUUAAAGCCACCAUGAAAAAUCCACCACAUAUUUACCAAGAAAAUAAUCUUCAAUAUAUUUUAGAUCAGCCAAAGGGCGAUAAUUUCCGUUCACAAACGUAAAUAUCGGCACAAAUUUUUUAGGUCUAAACUCUACUGAUCACAUAUAACUUAAGAACUUGCUAUUCUCUAACGAAUCAACAGUCCAAAAAGUUACAAAAUUUGGCUUUAAGAAUUCGAAUAUAUAUUAAAUAUUAGUUACAAUAUUCAAGUAUAGUAUGUUUUUUCGAAAUUUCUUUUCAUUGUAUUUGUAAUUAUUUUUUUGUAAUAGUUUAGUUUAGUCUGUCCAUUAUUAUUUUUAUAUAACCAAAAACUAUUCAAAAUUUGGAAUUUAUUUUUUUAUAAUUUUAUAUAACAAAGUAAUACACAUAUAAAUACAAUAUAUGUAGCCGUUUUUUUAAACGUGAUUUUUUUUUUUGCAAAAUUUUACAAAUAUUAGAAUUUUCCAAAUAUUAAAACUUAUAAAAAUUAGAUUUUUUGAAAUCAUUAGAACAACAAUAAUUUCGCUGAUAACUUGUAUUUUAUUUUUAAUUAUUUAACAUUUUUCAUAGUAAAUGCUUGUCUCAAACAUUUUUUCAACUAUUUAAAAAAAUUAUAUUAGCGAAAUAUUAGAAAUAUUUAAAGUCGAAAUACUUUUAUUUGCGAACUGUUCAUCGUUAAUAAGUAACCGAUUUAUUAUCAGCUAUUAAAUGUAACAUUCUUCAUCUAUACAUAAACGAAAUUUCGGAAAUCAUAUUUAAAAAGUAGUUACUUAAAUAACACGUACAACUACCACCUAUCUACUCAACAUUAAAUACUUAAAACAAAAUACAUACAAAUCACUAAAAGAGUACUAUAUACAAAUACAAACACAAUACAAUAAUAUUGAUACUAGGCAUAUGUGAAAAAAGUAAAGGCUAAAGAGUAGCUGAAGAAAGAAAAUCGAUUGCAGCGGUUAAACUACCCGAAAUCUGCAAAAAAUAUUAAUGCAAUUGAAAGCAAUUUAUAAAUUCUACAAAUGUGAGGCGUAUGUGUUGGUAUUGAAAUUUUUGGAAAAAUAUUGUAUUGCAUUACUACUUAUAUAUAUAUACAUAUAUACUAAGAAAAUCGAAUAUGGGAACAUUAAAUAAAAGUUAAAAAAAUUGAGAAAAUUGAGAAAAUUAUAAAAUUAACAAUGAAAUGUAAAACGGCUAAUCGCUGAAGAUCAUUGAAAUCUAUUAAAAGCUGAAAAAAUACUAACAGAUGAUAAACAAUUAACUAAUUAUGAAACAAGCAGACCGAAAACUCAAGAAAAACAUAAAAAAUUAAACUUAUAAAAUAGCAAAAUAUUAAUUUGUUAUUCCAACAUGAGACACUAAACAACAAUAUAAAUGACGCUGAUUAUUUGUAUAAGUACACAAGACAAUAUAUGCAUAAAAUAAUCAUGAAGAAAAACCAAUAAAAAUUAAAAAUAAAAAUAUUAAAAAACACGUAUUAUAAAAGGGGUAAUAAAUAAUAUACAUUAAUUUCGUAAUAAAUAAUACACUAAAAUUUACUGUUAACUCUAAUCUUCAAAGAUAAAAAAACUAUUUGGUGUGAAGUUAAAAAAAAAAAAUAUACUCAUAUAAGCAUACAAAAAUAUGAGUUCUCGAAUCGCUCUAAAAUAUAUACAAAAAAGAUAAUUAAUUUCAUUUAUUUGGUCAUCGCAACACUUAAUAUAUAUAUAGAUAAUACAUAUAAAUUAUAUAACAUUCGUUUGAAUACAGAGUGCUCCAUUUCUUUCAAAAGAUUAAACAUUAAAUUGAAAACUUAAAACCCAAAACAAGCCACAACGAACACAAAAAACAUAAAAAAAGUAUAACAAAAAAUCAAUACUAUUCAAAGUAAGAAAAAAAGUAUCAAACUUGAUAAGCUUAUGCAGCUAUUGUUUUUUGAACAUCAUACUUUGAAAAGUGAAAGCACAAAAAAAACUUUAUAUUUAUUUGCACAAUUAGAAAGCUCCAAAACAACUCAUCAGCUAAGCUUAUAAAUAAGCUCUCAUAAAAGCUCUUAAAAUAGUUGAGGAACGAUAACUAAAAUCAUUUUAAGUAAAAUUUUUAAAUAGCUUAAUGCACAAGCGAUUCCGAAAGAUAUAUAAGUGAUGUGUCAUAAAAUCUCUUGAAAUGGUUUUCGUAAUGAUUUCGAAAAGCAGUAUAAGAAAGCUUUUAUAAAAGCUCCUAAAAGUGUUUACGAAGGAUUCGAAAGGUAUUAUAAAUAAGCUUUCAUAAAAGCUCUAGAAAAGUUUACAAGCCAUUUAUAAAGUCUUAGUGCACUUGUCUUGAUUAAAAACGACAAGGAAAUCUAUGAGUUGGCAGAAUACUUUCACGUCUUUUGGUGAAAGUCAAGGCUUUCGUAUUAUGAAAAGAAAGCUUUAUGAGUAGAAAAUUAAUGCACAAAAAAUAUUUUAAAUUAGUGUUGGAGUGAAACUGUCCUCGCUUUCAUGAAUGGAAACUCUACAGAAUUCAAAAGUUAAUCGAUAGUGGAAAGUGAGUGAUAUAUAAGUGUAGAAUAUAAUUGUAUAGUAUACAGAGCUCUCUUUAAUUAACAAUUAAAAAAUCUCAACCGGAUGCUUUUACAAAAUUUCAAAACUUCACGUCUUCACUUUGUGCUUUCAUUAACUUUUCGCCCCAAAAUAAAUGUGUGCUCUCAUUAGCUUUUCGCCUUUCUAUUAUAUAUUAAUUCAAAAUAAAAGUUGAAUUGUUUUUUCUUGAAAAAACUAUAAAAUAAACAAUUGCAAUGAUUAUAAGUAGAUAAUAAUUAACAAAUUAGAAAAUAAAUGUGUUUAAUGGUAUGCAAUGUUUGUUAUUCAAGCACUCACACAAAUACACAUAUUUUGUUUGGUUGUGUUUAAAGCUAAUAGCAGAAUUAUUAUUAAAUAAAUAUUUACAUAUAAGAACCCCUAAGUACAGUUAGUCAACUUACAUGCAUAGUUCUUAUAACAGCUUAAGAUAAUAUACAAAUAGCAAAAAAAAUUGUGUUGUUACAAAUUGAACCUUUUAAAUUCAAAUCCAGUUAUGGAAAAAACGCAUUGAACUCAAAAUACCCAAUACUAAUUAAAUGUUUUUUCCUCAAAUCGACUCUAACCUCACUUUUCCCCUUAAAUGUGACAUGUUUAGAUUGAAAUGUUUAUAAAAAACAAAAAUAAAUAAAUAUUACUAUUAUAUAAAUAUUACAUUAUAUAGUAUAAGCAAAAAAAUUACAAAAUUUUGAAAUAUGUUUGCACGCUAUUCAGUCGCUGAAAAUUCCAAAAAAAACUAACCGCAUAUUAAUGUACACCACUUUAUAAGCUACAUACUUACAUUCACCAUACAUAUUCAUAUUGUUCUUGUAUAAUCCACAAAUCGUAAGGUAACAAAGCAUUAUCAUAUAACAACACAUCAUUAUCUUAAGCAUACAUACAAACAAACGUAUAAAUUUAGAUAUUUGAACAAAAAAGCAAGCAAACAAAGUUAUUAGCACAAUUACACUAAUUUACAAAAUAAAAAGAAAUUUAAAAUAAUUAGCAUUAAAUAAUUAAAUGUAGCUAAUCAAUAUGAAAGUUUAUAGGCAAUUGUGACAAAAACGCACCAACAAGCUAACGCAAAUACAAAAACAAAUGCACUAAAUAAAAAUAAGAAGCCCACAAGAGAUAUAAUUAAAGAAGUUGCCCCGGAAAAAAGUUGCAUUUACCGUUAUGUAAUCAUAUAUACUCACACAUAUACAUAGUUAUAUAUCACAAGCAUCCUGUUACACCGACGUGCAUAUAUCAUAAAAUCACUCAUACAUACAAACAAGUAUAUACAAAUAUUUGCUCAUAUAUUGUGUAAAGGAUAUAUACACACAUACAUAGCUACUUGCGUAUAUCAUAUACGCUAACUCCCAAUAUCAUCCAUUCCCAAGACGAAAACUCGUAAGAUUGCGAGAAAAAAUUAGUAAAAAUCAUUUUCAAUUUCACAAAAUCAUACAAAACCCUCGAGCUGUUGUUCCCAAAUUAAAUAUUUACCAUAAAAGGAUAUUAAGUAAAACCUCAAAAAAAAGUUUAUUAAAAAAA